AAAUCACACAAGGCAGUAGACAGGAUAGGGUCUGUUAACUCAUUGCUGAUUUCCCUGGCAAAUAAACCAGCAGCUGCUGGACCAAGCCCUGACUUAGCACGGAGAAGAAGGUGAUAUUUGCAAGGGACAGGAUGCUUUCAUGGAGCCCUUUAGCAACACAUUUUGUGACUUACAGUGCAAUAUAUAUUUUCUGCUUUUAGGUAUUUGUUCUGCACUAAGGCUGACGGUACCAUCACAUACUAUACAUGGCAUUGAAGGACAACCACUCCAUCUUACAGUUGACUACAAUUUCAACACUACAGCUUCUGAAAUCCAGAUAAUAUGGCUAUUUGAGAAACCUCAGAGUAUCCCCAAAUAUUUACUCGGCUCUGUGAAUCAGUCAGUAGUACCUGACCUGGAAUAUAAACACAAGUUUACCCUCAUACCACCUAAUGCAUCUUUGAUGAUCAAUCCAUUACAUGUCACUGAUGAAGGCAAUUACAUUGUAAAAGUCAAUGUCCAUGGAAAUGGGACAAUAUCAGCCAAUCAAAAGAUUCAAGUCACUGUUGAUGUUCCUGUCACAAAGCCAGUUGUACAAACUGAACCUUCUUCGGGAGUAGUGGAGUAUGUGGGGAACAUGACGUUAACCUGUACUGUUAGAAAAGGUACAAGGGUAGAUUACCAGUGGAUGAAAAAUGGGAAACCUAUGCAUGCCAGUUCUAGUUACACCUUUUCCUCAAACAAUGACACACUUUUAAUUGUCCCUGUCAUGAAAGAAGACAUUGGGAAUUACAGCUGUUUGGCAACCAAUCCUGUGAGCACGAUGGAAAGUGAGAUAAUUGCACCAACUAUAUUUUAUGGACCUUACGGACUUACAGUUAAUUCAGAUAAAGGGCUGAAAGUAGGGGAGGUGUUUACGGUUGACAUAGGAGAAGCUAUCCUAUUUGAUUGCUCAGCAGACUCAAAUCCACCAAAUACUUACUCCUGGAUCCGAAGGGCUGACAAUACUACAGACGUUAUCAAAUAUGGACCCCAUCUGGAAGUUGUAUCUGAAAAAGUGGCCCAGACAACAGUAGAUUAUAUGUGCUGUGCUUACAACAAUGUGACUGGAAAACGGGACGAAACUCAUUUCACAGUGAUCAUUACUUCUGUAGGACUGGAGAAGCUUGCCCAGAAAGGAAAAUCUGUGUCAUCUCUAGCAGUAAUAACAGGAAUUUCAUUAUUUUUGAUCCUAUCUAUAUCCCUUCUAUUCUUAUGGAAAAGAUAUCAGCCACAUAAAGUUUUACAACGGAAGCGGCAGAGCAGGCCUGGAGCAGAUUACAGAAAGGCACAGACAUUCUCAGGGCAUGAAAAUGCUACGGAUGACUUUGGAAUAUACGAAUUUAUUGCUUUUCCAGACCCCACUGGUGUUCCUAUGGUUCCAAGUCCAUCUGUUUCUGGCUCUGAUUUUGUCCAAGGGCAGGAUUUACGUGGUACAGUUUAUGAAGUUAUUCAGCAUAUUCCAGAGCAACAGGAAGAUCAUCAAGAAGGUACAUGAAGAUGAAAGCAUGGCAAAUCAAGACAUCCUGAUAUAACUUCUGUGACUUUACUGGAAAUGGAAAGCAAGUGUCAACAGCUCUCAAAAUGGCAAAGGACUAAACUAGCAUUUCUGAAAUGAUAAUACUUCCUUAAUCUAGCCAUUCUUUUUUUUUUUCUCCUGUAUUGUUCCUAACAUACUGGAUUUGGUUACUGAUUUUGUUUAAUGGUUUCUUGAAACAGCUGGGAUUUUUUAAUUGCUGAAAAUUUUUUGCAUUCUGAACUGCAAAAAUAAAUACUAUAUUGUUAAGUCUGGGAUAGCUGCCUAGGAGUCAGACUAGGGGACUUCGCUUGCUAAUUAUAUUGUAACAUGGAAAGCAAAUUGUAUUAAAUUUUCCAUUGACGUGGACUUUUAAAAGUGAAGCUGUUGCACAUUGGCAACAACAAUACAAUGUGUCAGAUUAAAAAAAUAGGAUUUAUUUUUCAAAAAAGGCAACAUCUAAAUUUUUCUUGUAACUUUAACCUGUAACUUACCAAUUUAUAAAAAAACUAAUUUGUCAUCGUUAAAAAUGUAUAUUAUCCAGAAUGUUUUGUUUUUAUUAAUUUGUGUUUCCUUUGCAUGUAAGCGGUCUUCCCAUUUUUAUCCUCUUAAGGCCCAGAUCCACAGAAGGUUCUUAGGCUUUGUGAUCCAGGAAAGUUGCAACACCUAACGUUUAGGUGCCUAGACAAUCACGGGAACAACACUGCAAUCCACGAAGCCUGAGUUAAGUACCUAGGCUCCCUAUACAAUGAAUGGACAGAACUAAGCACCUUAAAGUGUGAUCCACACAAGUCAGGAUACUAGGCAGCUCUCUGCUUAAACUAGCCCAUGGGAGAUGGUGAUGAGGUAUGUGUGCUAAGCCGCACCCCUCUCAAAGAGAUAGGAACACAAGUCUGGGCUGCAGGGAGGCACCCGUCUCUGCUAGUGGUCCACAAACUAGGGGGAAAUAGGUACAUGCAGGGCCUGAUCCAGUAGACAUGCUCAGAGACUAACUCCACAGCUGGGGAUGGGGAGGAGGAAGAGGAGGACAUCCCUUAUAUCCCUUAGCCCAGUGAUUAGAACACUCACCCAAAACAUGAGGGACUCUUGCUUCAAGUUCACACCUUCCUGAUAAGGAAUUUGAAUAGAUGUCAUCCAUCUCUUAGGAGACUGCUCUACCCACUAAGCUAUGGGAUGUUCUGAUGUGGGUACUUCUCAAUCUCUCCUAUUGAAACUGUUCCACUUUAAGUAAUUGAAUAAUUAAAUAUUAAUUGGCACCCAAAACAGUUAGAAUGACUCUAUAGCCCAGUGGUGAGGGCACUCACAUGGGAGGUGGCAGAUCCCUGUUCAAAUCCCUUCUCCUUAUCAGGUCUGGGGGGUCCUCUACUCUGGGUGAAUACCCUAACCACUGGGAUAAAGGUUCUAAGAGGGAUGGUUGCUACUGCAUUAAGCUAGGCAGCCUCUGAGCACUCCUACUGGAUUUGGCCGUGCACAUGAACUAGCAGCCUUUCCCCAGCUCAUGGAUCACACUGGGGCUUAGAAAGGAGACAGGUGUCCAGGCACCCAGAGUGAGGAAGCAGUGUGCAUGCUCAGGAGCUGAAAUAUAAGCACCUAAGGAAAUUUUAUUGCAAAAACUUGGGCACAGAGUUUGGGAGCUGAUUGGGUUACGCGGCAGCCAAGCAGGAGUUUUGUGGAUCACAGGGCACCCAAAAAUGGGAGUUGGGUGCCUCAGUUUUGUGGAUCCCACCCUGAAAGCCUGUUUUCCAUUUGUUAGAAUAUCACUUAAUCUAUGGGUAGUUAUUGUGAGCUGAAGGGGUGGCUAGACUAGAUCAACACUUAAUCAGGAGGCUCCAAUGGGACCAAGAACCAUUUUGGUAGAAGCCUCAUAGGAAUGCGGACAUUCUCUGAGGCAUCCUGCUAUCAGCUGUUACCAUACUGCAUGGAAAUGCAACUGUACCACUUAGUCACACAAACAGAUGGAUUCAGUUAGAACCAACCAGGAUAAAAAAGGCAUUUGAGCUUAGUAGAAAAUGGAACUAUGCUCUGGGAUAGAGUCUCUGUAAGGAAAACAAACUAACCACCCAAGUAACAGCCUGUUAUGGGGGAGAUGAUUAGGCAGAGGUUUAGGGUUGGUUGCUAUUAUUUCCAUUACGAGUAACUGGCAUAUACACAGCAUUUAUGUACUUUACUAAGAGCAGCGUGGGAAUGUUGCAGGCUUUCGAAAAAAACCCCAUUUCCUAUAUGGAGCUUAUUAAACUCUCUCUCCGUUUCCUUCUCUAAAGGAGAACGAUCUCCCCUCCCUGUAAAUAUUUCCACCUACCAUGGUGAGUUCAAAAAGGAAUCAGGGUGCCAUCUUCUGCACUAUAGGCAACGAGAAUUUAGCAUUUCAUUGCUGCUGCUCCACAGCUUUGAAGGAAGUAGAGGGGUGAUCUCAGAUACUGUUGGUUCCACAGAUCAUCCUUUUGUUCCUUCAGAUCCAGCCAAUUGGUGAAGAGGGGGUCAGGUCAGGCUGAAAGUUCUCAUAUCUAUUCAGAACUCUUAAGAGUGCUGAAGUCACUGGGAGGAAUUGGAAAGCUAAGUGGUCCAAUCCCCUAAAACUCUUCCUCAUCAAAAUUAUAGAUCCACUUAUCUUAAAAGUCGAGGAUGUUUUGAAAUAGGAUAACCAGAUGUCCUGAUUUUAUAGGAACAGUCCCAAUAUUUGGGGCUUUGUUUUAUAUAGGUGCCUAUUACCCUCCACCCCAUGUCCUAUUUUUCACAGUUGCUGUCUGGUCACCCUAUUUUGACAUGUGCAAAAUCUUUGAGUUGCCCCUCUGGAGCAGGUAGGAUAUUUGAAUUUCUCCUAAAAACGCUCUGUUGUGGAGAGUUCUGAAGUGCUUAUCCACAUAGCAUCUAGCCACCCUUUAAUAUCGCUGAAGGGGCACCAGGACUUGUUCCUGCUCCUGGGACAAAAGGGGAGGCAUUAGUACAGUGACACAAACUGGUUUAUAAUACCACUACAGCACCCCGAUUUUAAAAAUACUGCUAUUUUGUCUUUUCACCCAAGUGACUGACUGUAGCUUAAAUUCUAGCUGUUGCCUCUUAAUUGACUCUUCUCAAAUGCACCACAAGGGCAAAUUCCCAUUGGAGCAGAAAGCCUUAGGGCUGGGCAGUAGUAGUUUCUAUGGGGAGGGCCAGGGAAAAAGGUAGAUCCAUGUAGCAAUGGAUACUUGUGUCUCCGUUUCCCACUGCUCAGCCCCACAGAAUCCUGCCCCACAUUGUGCAGCAGACCAGCAUGGGCUCCACUGCCAAGAAACUCUUCAUGACCACAAGCUCAGGGAUACGAUUUAACUCUUAGAGCCAAACCCUGCUUUCCGUUACAGCAAUGUAAAUCUGCAAUAACUUAACUGAAGCCAGCAAGUCAGUGGCAGAGCUGCAAAUAAGAACCCAGGUCUCCUGGCCCCCAACCCCCUAUCCUAACCAUGCUGUCUCACUUCAAUUAAAAGUGAUGGAUUAAUUUAAUAUCCUUGACAACCUUUGAAGUCAAUUUAAAGCACACUUUUGCCUAGUUUCCAAGUGUAAGAUACAACUGUUCCUGAAGUGUUUGCUUUCUUGAUCUUCCUCUCCAUAUAAAAUAACCUUAUGUAAACUUAUGCCAUCUAUUAAUGUCAUUAAGUGAAUAAGUCUAAAUUCGAUCUAUUUUAGGCCUUUGUAAUAUACCUGUAUAAAUAUUUUAGAGUAAUUUCAAAUACACUGUGCAUUCUGUAACAUUUACUAGCUCUGUGUUUGUGCAAGCAGAGGCACAUGAUCACUCAACCAUUUAAAAGAAAAAUCAGUAGCCAACCGUUUUGUGGAAAUGCCAGUUACUGGUAUGAAUAUAUGUAGGACACGAUGUAUAAUUUGUUCCUAUUGUGAAAGCAUGGGUCUUGGGGGAGCAGAACUGUGCAUUUUCUGGUUUCAUACCAGCUAGGUCUUCUCUUCCUUUAGCAGUAAGAAAAAAAAAAUGUAAUCAUGCUGAAAAUAAAGGGGAUGAUACAUUAAUACUUGUUCUCACCUUGCUUCUCCCAGACAUUGCUGUGCCACUGUGUCUUUGAUUGAAGAGACGAGACGGUUGUCUACCAUUUCUCAAAAUGUAUCAGUAGUGGCUGAUCUGUAAUAUACAAAAACUCAUACUCAACUCUCUGGAAACCAAGUUGCACACAUCAGAUCUCUGAACUCCACCUGCAUAAGACGAGCUGAGGUCUGGCUGGAGAACCCAGUCAAGAGAGGCAGAUGGGGACAUGAGGCAUCCAAACAACAAAUCCUGAGAGGCACCAUGCUGGCAUUUAUGAAUCAAAAUUUUUCAGCCAAAGCAUCAGAAUUGUUUGGGUUUUCAUGUGUUCAUUUGACAAAUAGUCAAAUUUUUGCACAAAAAGUAAAGACUUUUUGUUUGAUCAAAAACUCAAUUUUCUGUAAAAAACCAGUUUAGAUAGAAAAUGUUGGCCAGCCCUACUUUAAAGACAGGCAAUGUCAUUGAUGAGAGCCAAUACUGCUAAGGAGGAAGCUACUAUUUUUUUUUUUUUUUAAUAUCAGUUAUUCAUUCAGGGCUAGUUUUUCAAGGGAGCUCAGCACAUUAAUUGCUCAGCACUUUUGAAAAAUCAGACUUGUGUCUUGGUGCUUAAGUAGGAG